AUGUGUUGAUUAACAAAAAUUAUCAAUUCAUUUCAAGAAUUUUUUCAUUUCGAACAAUCAGAAUUUGAAGAGAUUGAUGAUUCAACAUUUGCACAUCAUGUUGCAACAUUAAUUAUUCGACAUUCAAAUAAAAUUAAUCUAACUCAUUAUCCUAAUCUUCGUGCAUUAAAACUUCAAUGCCAUACUAAACAACAAUUUAAGCAAACAAUAAACCAAUCUCAACUAGAACAUUUAUAUAUUGGUCAUGCAUUUUAUGAAUGUGACACUCGACAACUUCUUGAACAUAUUUUUAUCAAUGAAUUUCCUCAAUUACAGUCAUGUUCUCUAGAAAAUUUCAUAGGAAAUAGAUCAAUUAUCCGUUCAUCUUCCACUAUUUUACCAAGUUUAGUUUCAUUGCAAAUAUUUACAAAAUAUUCAGAAGAUAUUGUUUCUCUAUUCUUCUUAUGUCCAAAACUUAAUCGAUUAUCAAUUAAAUAUUUUCCUAAUGCUAGAAUUAAUCCUAAUAUUUUUAAAGAAUGUUUAUUAAUAUCACAUAAAAAUCUGCAUACACUUAUAUUUGAUAGCGUUGAUCAGAUGUCUAUUGAAACAAUCGAUUCAAUAUUGGCAUUUGUACCGAGUGUUACAUAUUUAUCAAUUAUUAGUCCUCAAUGUGAUACCAAUAGAAUACAUAUUGAAUAA